AUGGCUCGGCGCACUGGGAAACCCGGCGAUGAGCUAUUUAUGCAACGUCCUGGCGACGGUUGCGAUAGUCCUACUGUCACCAUAGAACCUUUGAGAAUUGUAAAGCCGACAAGUCCACCCAGACAUCGAGCGGAAUCCAGCUCUUCUAGUCGAUUUGCAUCUCCACCUCCUGCAAACAAGCACACAUUCCCCUUGCCACCAGGUGCCUCGAGCUCCGCAAACCCUUUACCGUAUCCCGAUGAUGACGAUGACGAACUGUUUCAGAAGAAACCAAACCCUCCUUAUCCUGACGACCGAGGAAAGGCUCCACAAAGGAUACAGCUGAGCGAUCAAGAAUAUAGAAUACCUGGAGGAAAUAGCAGGCAGAAUGCGUAUGAUACAGCACCACGAUUCACAAGUCCUAUAGAGAAGACUGGCCCAGGGCUAUCGGAAAGAAGAGGAAAUGUACCACAGCCCUUGCCUGCUUCCCCAGAAAUAAGCUCCCCUGAUAGAGAAGGAAUGUUUGGCAGAAUACCUCCAAAGGAACCAAUUCCUUCGUCUGGCGCAAGUGCGUACUCGGAGGGUAAUAGACACUAUUAUCCUCCUCCUAUUCCUAAACCCACCUCUUCUAAUGCGGUGCCUUCAAUACUUUCACCAACCCCAAGAAAUGAUAUGAAUAGAUUCGCUUCCACGGCUUCAACUUCUACUACUAGAGCAAAUAGGGGAUCCCCACCUCCUCCAGAAACUCCUAUCGAUCCACCAAGCGAUCUUGGAGGUGGUGGUAUUGAGGCGCGAUAUGCUGCAUCUGGAAUUGCAGGUGCUGCAACUUUAAGUAGUUUACAGGCGCAAAAUGCUGCUGCUGCUCAGCGAGCUAAUCAAUAUGCGCCGCCUCCUGUUCCACAAAUGCCACAAUCGCCUCCCGCUAGACCUUGGACUCCAACAGAGUCUCCGGAGAAUGCCCCGCAUGGUCCACCUAGAGUAUAUCAAGGCUUGAAUGAAAUCACUCCAUCGUCACCUCCGCCCGCUGUCACUCGGCCCCAAAGACAAGGUUCGGCACCACCAGCUAACACUCUGGAACAAGACUUUCAGCGCAUGCAAAUGUCUGCUGAAGAGCCGCCGCCAGCUUAUUCUAGUGUGACUCCUGGAGCCAAUAAUUCACAAGUGUACCCAGCUGAGAAACAACAGCGUACCAAUCCACCUGCUGCCAUAGACACUACACCAAAACCAAAUAUCGCACCGCCAUUAGCAACGCCAGCAAAUAAUCCUGACCACCCUGCAUUUGCAAACGAGCCGCGACAGGAACAAAUCCCACACCAACAGCAGCCUACUGAAGCUGGCCCAUCAGCUCAACCUGUCAAUAUUUCUCCUUUUCAAGGCGCUGGUCCGUCAUCUCCACCACCGCUCCCAGAGGGCUGGAUUGCUCAUCUCGACCAGAACUCUGGUCAAUAUUAUUACAUUCAUCUCCCCACUCAAGCCACUCAAUGGGAAUUUCCCAAGGGCCCUACUCCAUUGAAUGAUGUUCCGCUUUCACCAGUGCAAUCCACCUAUGCUGGAUAUGGAAACCCCAUGGCGUCCCCGGGUUUGAGUAUGUUCAACAAACAAUCUCUUGCAUCUCCUGGCUUUCAAGGAAUGGCCUCGCCUGGUUUUAUUGGCUCACCAGGAUUUCCUCCACACACCCCGGGCUAUGCGGAGAGUAUUAUGAGUAUGGCGUCAGGUACGCCAACUACUGCAGGAUUCUCGGGGCCGCCUCCCACCGCAGGGGUUGACAUGUAUAAAGUAGCUCCCACAAAUGGCGUGUAUUUCGGACCUUAUUUACGUUACGUGAAUAUGGAUAUGGAGAAUGGUGUAUGGCUGGGUACAAUUAUGCUCGUGACAGAUGCUCCACAACCACCAACUAUCCAUAUUCAUCAAAGUGUCGAUCUGUCGCCAAACCCCAGGCAACUCAAACCCAACCCAAUAUACACACAUCAAAGAUGGGUUUUCUAUCGCUAUGAUGUAGAUUUGAAGAUGGGAGAAGGUCCAGGUGAUAAGUGGACCUAUGCUAUAACUUCGCAUUUGGGUUGCACGCGAUAUGAGUUUCUGGUGGCCGGACGUUUCGAGACAAACUGGAGAUUUAUUGCGCAUUCUGGCAAUGAUUUUGCUAUGAAUACUACCGUCAACGAACGUUCAAAGCUUGGCGGUAUUGGUUUUAUGUGGAAAGACAUUUUGCAGAAGAACGUUGAAUGUGGCGGUUUCCACGUGCAGUUGGGCUUAGGCGAUCAAAUCUAUGGUGACAGACUAUGGAAGGAAGUUCCUCUGCUGAAGCAAUGGCUUGCUAUGAGCGGCAAAGAAAACCGAAGAAGUGCAGCAUGGACAGCAAGACAUGAGGAGGACGUCUCACAUGCUUACUUUCAUUACUAUACUAGUCAUUUUGACCAACCAUACUUAAGGGAGGCAUUUGCUCAAAUUCCUCACAUAUUACAGAUUGACGAUCAUGACAUUUUUGAUGGUUAUGGCUCUUAUCCAGAUUACAUGCAAAAUUCCAACAUGUUCAAAAACAUUGGUCGUAUUGGUAUUGAGAUGUAUCUCCUCUUUCAGCACCACACCACCGUUGAUAUUCUUCGAAAUGUUAGCACUGAUAUCGAUCUGUUCACAAUUACUGGAGCUGGUUGGCAUUUUGUCAAAUAUCUAGGACCUUCCGUCGUUGUGAUAGGCCCAGAUUGUCGAUCAGAACGUACUCAACGCCAAGUUCUCGCUGGUCCUACCUACCAAGGCAUUUUCCCUAAAGUAGCCACUCUACCUCCCAGUGUACAACACUGCAUAUGGAUGAUAUCAGUUCCUGUGGUAUAUCCACGACUUGAAGCUGUAGAAAGUCUUGCACAUACCAUGGCCACGGGUAAGAAAGCUGUGAACAGUACUUAUAAUUUACUCGGAAAAGUUACAAGUUCCGUGGCUGGAGUUGUGGGAGGUAAAGAAGCCGUGGCAACUGGCUUUUCCCAUGUUAAGAAGGCAGUUGGCAAGUCGGGUUUGAUGGGAGGUGUACUUAAUACAUUUGGUGAUAUUGAUAUUGCGGAUGAGUUGAGAGAUAUGUGGACACAUGAGAGUAAAGAUUUGGAACGAACAUAUUUAAUACGGACUUUGCAAGGAAUUGCUCAUCAGAAGGGUAUUAGAAUGACAUUCCUAUCUGGCGACGUAAAUUGUUGCGGUGCAGGACUUGUCCACGAUCCUUCUCACCCCUCUAACCACAAAACCAUGUAUCAGAUUAUCGCAUCUGCAGUUGUCGCCGCUCCGCCUCCAUCAUAUGUUCUCAAGAUGCUUCACAACAACAAACCACUUUACGUUCCUCAAAAUGGUGUCAAAACAACCAACCAAGUCAGCGAUACCAAAGAAGACAUGAUGGAGAUAUUCCAGACGGACACCAAUGGGGGUCCACGAGAUAUGAAGAAGUUAAUGGGAAGGAGAAAUUACGUAGCGUUUGUUGCUUUCGACCCAGAUUCAAUGAUGGGCGGCAUGAGUGCAAAUGGAAGUAUGCACAGUGGAAAUGCUGGGUUGGCAAAGCUGAGUCUGGCCGUUGAUUUUGUGGUGCAAGGGGAUGGAGGAUUUAGCCCACCUACUAAAUAUGGCCCUGUUAUUAUACCAAGUUUAGAGUUUGGCAGAUAA